AUGGCCUCCGAGCGGCGCAGGAGCAUUGGCUCCAUGUUCGGCCAGAAGGACAAGGACAACUCGCUGGCUGCACCCCGCGCGCACUCAAAGGGCCCGGACUCGUCGACCGUCUCGAUUGCGAGCAGCGACGGCAACGACGACCUGCUGCGCAAGUCGAGCGACGGCGCCAUGGACCGCUUCAGGAGCCGCCAGAACUCCGACGAUGCCCGCAGCGACGCGUCCUCGUCCCGCCGCCGGCGCAUGUCGACGCUCUUCAAGGGCCGCUCCAAGGGCAGAGGCUCCGUCAGCCAGGACGACGUGUCGCAAGUCGACCCCCAUGACGACGUCCCGCCCGUUCCUACAAUUAGACGGCCGAGCAUGGGCCAGCCAUACCAGAGCGACGACUCGCUGGGCCUGGCCAAGAGCGUCGCCAGCAGCCUGCUCACCGAAGACUCCGACCCGGAAGCCCCACCACCACUCAAACGUCCUGGCAUUUCACCACACCAGUCGCAUGCUGGCCUCUUGACGCUGUCAUCGCCCCUGAUCGCUUCCGAAACGAUUGACUCGACCACUUCCACCAAUGUCACUCUCGUAGACUCACAAGCCUCUACCCAAGAGCCCGCUGCCCGGAACGCCAACUCCACCAACGUCGCUGCGAACAAGCGGGGCGUGUCUCCUGUCGGCAAGCUCAAGGAAGCUUUCACACCCAACAAAAGGUCUACGUCCCCGAAUCCUAAGCCAGGUGCUAGCCCUGACGUCGCACGACCGAGCACGAGCGGAGGUGGACUAGGAGCCUUGUUUGGAGGAAAGAAGCGCGAGACGAGGGUGUUGGAUGAUCCGAUCCAAGCCUCACCACCACAGAUACACACAGGGCAGGAAACAAAAUCUACGCCUUCACUGAGAUCUGUCGCCCCGAAGCGCAUCGUUACCUCGCUCCCCGCGACGCCCCCCAAUCUAUCUGAUGCACCCACCACCUUCAUAACACCACCCACCCCAACCGAUCCGAAGCCUUCCUCUCCGACUGAAUCCACCAGUUCCAAGAACACUGUGAAGCACGACAAGACCAACUCGAAUCCCAACGUAGUCGUCUCCCCUUCGGGGAACAUGAUAUCGCACCGACGCGCGCGAUCAGCCACAAAUCCUCCGAGCAAGCUAUCACACUCGUCAAUACCACCUCUGACUCCUCACCUCGAGGAAGCAAAGACCCCUGGAGGGACUGCUGUACUUCCAUCAUCUCCUGGUGGGCCUGGUGGAUUCUUCGCUUCCAUCUUCUCUGCCGCGCAGAACGCUGCCAACAACUUGGGUGACACCAUUGCAAACAACACAAACAUCAAGAACAAGCCCAACCAGCAACAGCAAAAGGAAGACGACGAUACUCCAGACGGCGGUGAAGAGGUUAUCGGUCCUGACAACGCAGACACCAACGCGAGUGAAGGAGCCGAGAAGCGAAGGCCUGCCAUUGAAACACUGGGAUCUGGCAACUUGAGCUUAGCCCAACUUGGAAUCGCCGAGAGCAACGACGUCAGCCCAAUGUCUUCUGCAACCAGCGUCACCAUGAAGGCUGACGAAGCAUCGGCCCAGGUCGAGGACCGAGCUGCUGCUCAGGCCGUCUCAGCCGCGUACGCAGGAGAGAAGCCUCCAUCAAUAGCUAGCGAACGCCCAAGAUCGUUGACCGCUGUCUCUGGUCAAUCAGGGACGGGCGCAGCGUCUCCCCCACGGCAACCUGAGAUAACCGACUCGCCAGCGUCGAUUCAGCGUCAAGGCAGUAUACGCAGUCGUAUAAGCGGUGGCAGACGGAGACGGCAUAGGGGCAGCUCCGCUACUACCGGUAAUACUCUGGGUGGUGUCAUCAGUGCAAGUACAAGUACAUUGGCGCCGAGCGCAGCACUGAACAGUCACCGUCUGAACGGAACUGGAUUCGCAGUUGCACCCCCUAGGCGAAACAAGGAUUUUCACGCACUGUUCAAAAGCGUGCCCGAGGAUGACUAUCUGAUCGAGGACUAUAGUGCAGCCCUCCAGAAAGAGAUCUUGCUCCAUGGACGUUUGUAUGUUUCCGAAGGGCAUCUUUGCUUCUCCAGUAACAUCCUUGGAUGGGUCACAAACUUGGUCAUCAGCUUUGAUGAAGUCGUGUCUGUAGAGAAAAAGUCCACAGCUGUCCUCUUUCCAAACGCCAUCGUCAUACAGACACUUCACGCUCGCAACGUGUUCGCGUCAUUCCUGUCACGAGACUCUACCUACGACUUAAUCAUCGGCAUCUGGAAAAUCUCGCACCCUAAUCUCAAAUCUUCCCUCAACGGUGUAACGCUAGACGGUUCCGGUGGCACCGGUGACAAGACUGAGAAAGCGGAAUCCAUCGGCAGCGAAGACGGCUCUAUCCAGGAUUCGGAUGAUGAGGUGUACGACGAAGACGCGGACGACGACGAAGGCACUGGCAGUUUCACCGAACCUGGCGAAGGUAGUAUCGCUGGUAGCGAAGUUGGCUCUGUGGCAGGCGAGACAACCCGAAAAGUGAGCGGCGCGGUAUCGCAAGCCUUUGGCGGAGGUGGUGAGACGGCUGAGGCUGCGAAAGUAGCCACGAAUGGCACUGCCGCUGCUGGACAAGACUUCCCUGGCUCAACAGCUCAUGGACCCACUGAGUGUGGUGACAGCGACCAGCAUUACGACAAACUACUUAUCGACACGACAAUCCCUGCGCCCCUUGGCAAGGUCUAUAGCUUGAUGUUCGGUCCAGCUUCUGGUGUCUUUAUGCGCAAAUGGCUCGUGGAGGACCAAAAGUCCUUGGACUUGCAAAUGGAAGACGACAAGAAGGGCCUGGGCGAAGACAUGAAGACAUUCAACUAUUCUUAUAUCAAGCCGCUUAACGCACCCGUUGGACCGCGGCAGACAAAGUGUAAUAUCGCCAUGAAUCUGGAGCAGUACGAUUUGGACAAAGCCGUAAGCGUGCUUUGCAGCACAGCGACUCCUGAUGUACCCAACGGCAGCAUAUUCCUCACGAAGACAAGGUAUUGUCUGAUGUGGGGCCCAGGAAACAGCACGCGGCUCAUCAUGACGUUCACGGUGGAGUGGAGUGGAAAGAGUUGGUUGAAGGGUCCUAUCGAGAAAGGCGCGAAUGACGGUCAAAUGUCGUACGCCACCUCCCUUACAGCCGCUCUCCGCACUGCCGUGACCGCGGCAAAAGCCGGUCCGGCUCGCGUACCCGGAAAGGGCGGAAAGGGCAAGAGGCGAUCCAAGGGCAAUCUUCUGGAUGAAGCGCCCAUGCCUGCCACCGCUCCCGUCCCCACUAGUCAGGCAAAGCAGAGCAAUUGGGGGCUACUGGAGCCUUUGCGCAGUCUCCUUGGGCCGUUUGCUGAUAUCCUGGAAUCUAUUUUCACUCCGCAAGUCAUCAUCGUCAUCCUCGGAGCGCUUCUGAUGUACACCUGGCUGUUCCGAGGUACAUCAACGGCGACUGGUCCAAACCAAUGGUCGACGGCUCAACGUCAGGUUGCGUACGAGGAGAUUUGGCGUCACGAAGAGUCAGAUCUCUGGAACUGGCUCGAAGAAAGAGUUGCUUUGGACAGAGUGCAUAGCUCCGUCCGGGGGGCACACAUUCAACCGGAGGACGGCACGCAGAAGCCUCUUGCACCACAUGACAUGCAGGCGCGGGAGAUGGACGAAGCGAUUCGUGUGACCGAGGAACGAUUGAAGGCGUUGAAAGACGCCGUGACUCGGGAACGCUCCAAGUCGCGUACAAAAAGUGCAAAAGAACGACAAACGUAG